AGGUUGUGCGACAUCUUUGUGCGCAUACGUCGGGAGCCCCGUUUUAUGUAUAUUAUAGAUAUCGUUAUUAACUAACUGACUUCAGAAACUGCAAUAUAACGAAGACGGGAAGAAUGGCGAGCGUUGUGUCAAUGAUAUUACCAGUUCUUCUGCUUGUUGCUGCUCCUGCAAUUGCAGAAGGAGAAAGCAUUAAAUGUUACGUUUGCAACAACUGCACUGAGCCCAUAAAUUUGAUGAUUUGUCCGAGCGCUUCAACGUUGUGCGAAAAGACUGUUUACACAAACGGGAGGAUUGACCGAUCUUGUUCAACUCACAAUACGACUGAAUGUACAACUGUCAACAGGAGAGCAAGGUCUAUCUUGUCAGACCUAUUGGAAAUAGCAAAGUUUUGUUACAGCAUUUCAAAUGGUGCAAACCAUGUACUGAGCAUGCCGUUCCUGAUCAUAGGAAUCUCGUUGAUGGUUUCGAAAAAUCUUCUUUAGUAGAACAUCACGAAGACUGAUUUGAAAUUCAUUUGAUUAGUUUCAAAGAAUUUUGAUUGCAAACAUAGUAAUGCAUAAAAAUGUCGAGUAUUUCUGUUAAUCUGCACUGAAAUAAAAGUUUAGUGUGACUACUGAGUGUUGCAAGUGACAUUAAAGUACAUGUUGGGAUUUGCGUUAUGCAGCAAGUAAAAUAUUAAAUUUAAUCGACCGUUACUUCCGCAAUUCUAGUUACCACAUUAUCUCGUGUUUCAUGUCACCUUGCGCCCUCGCUCUGACUACCAUUGUACCGUUAAAUCAUAAUUACCAAUUCGUUGAAACUCGCUUGAAAUUCCCGUUCAGCCUACAAUUUCGCAUUUAAUCGACCUAUUGUGCGUCGCUAAUAAUCUUUUUUCGAAUUAUCAGUCAUAAUAUUUAAUGUGUAAAUGCAAGUAGCGUGACUACAUUAGCGUAAACUGUCUCAAAUCAAAUGCACAAUGUUUCAAAAUAAGAAUUCAACCCCAAAUUUAAACAUUUUAAGUUAACAAUCUAUUAUCAGUGAGUGGUAUGGCUGUAUAAAACAAUGGUUCCCAACAUUUUUACCUCGUAGGACCGGUAACCAAAUAUUGGAAAUACUGAAAGAGAAAAUUAUAAUUCGUUCAGCUCACAAUACCUAAUAAAGAAAUUUUGCUUAUAAUCGAUACAUUGUGUAUCAUUUGUGAACUUUUUCGUCCCGCAUAUCAACUAUAAUAUUCAGUCAGUCAGGCAAAAUCAAAUACAAUAUUUAGCUAACUAUCUCAAACUUUGUUAGACU